AUGAAGGCGAGUCCCUGGGUCUCGAUAGCCGCGCCGCUGCUGCUGUUUGGGUUGUGUCAGGGCCACUUGAAGCCAGGACACAGCUUCGAACCGACACUUGAGCGUCGCGGCGUAGACACUGAAUCCGGAGGAUUCGAUGAUGAAUUUCCGCGACACGUCUACCGCGGCGAGAUACAGAGAACCCCAAAAGAAGUUCAAAAGGAUGGGGGGUUUUACUCGAGGGGCAUGCAGAGGAUACUCUCAGGGGAUAAACUGUCCUGGGAAGAAUUGGAAGACGGCAGCAGCCUGUUUCGUCAUGCGGCUGGAGACACGGCUCCGUUUACACGUUAUGUCUCGACGAGUGCCGACCCGGCCACAUCCCUUACAUUCGCUGUCAACGACGAAGAUCCAGUCGAGAAGGGCUACAUUUAUAAGAUCCACGCCGACAAAAGGAUGGUUGAUGUAAAUCGAUCUCUUGGGAAAUACUCACCAUACCCCGCGCAAACCGAGCAUGCAGCUAUUGGCUUUAUCCCAUUUGAGCAGAUUGAAGGCUGGUGGGAAGUCACAUAUAAGCAUGACUUUGCUGACCCCAAAGUCGGAAAGAAAACUCAAGACAAGCUGCGGAGGGGGCAGUUGAAGCACUUUCACAGGAACCCACACUUCAGCCCAAACUUCCAAAAGCUAAGAGGUAAUGGCGUGGCACCACAGCUCGCUGGGUUCCCUCGACUGUCUACAGCUUGGGACGAGGACACUUGGAAGCAAUUCAAGACACUGCCUGUGAGCAAAAGUCUGGACGACAUGAUUGAGGCGGUAUGUACCGGCAACGGCAACGACAAUUGCAUAAAGCAGCUUGGCCAGCCGCAAAGCAAACCGACCAAGCCAAAGACUUCUCCCAGUGGGCCGAUAGACCCGGCGAAGCCAAAAUCACUCGCAACUAGUUUCCGCGUGUACGCAAAGGCGGGCACAUUGGUGGGAUUCAAUGUUCUGGCUCCCUAUUUGCGUAACGUGCUGAACCAGCUGCGCCAGUGGGAUCACCCGAUUGGGUGGGCUGUGAAAGAGCUUGACGACAGUAUUAACGGGUUCCAGGAGUAUAUUGGAGGGCCGCGACGGAACGACAUCAGCGGUAAUGACAACCAGGCAGCGCUGAUCAACUUCUUUAAGCGGGUCUUUUGGAUACUGGAGGGCCCAAGGCGGCGGCCACAAGACCUGCAGCUCCUAUCAUACGGGAAGAGAAAUAAGAUGCGGUUGAUUAGCGUCAACGACGUUCUCCGCACCUGCGAACGCGUUGACGAGACCCCGCCAGACGAGCAACAGCUCAAGACGAACCUGAAGGAUGCUUGUACCAAGGUCCGUAAAAAGGCAAUGGAGCUUGAGAUGCCCACGGCAGCAGAGCUCGAAAUAGGACGUGCUGCCUGUGGCGUUUGCGGGCUGGCGUGGUCCCCUCAAGAUGGCCAGUGUAAGGACAAGACGGGGGCAAUUCUCUGGCCACGAGAGCCACCCGCUGAAUCGACGUGUACCCAUCAUGACAGCACCAAGUGUGGAGGCGAACAAACGGCGGCGCAGCUCCAGACAGGACAGGCUGUCUGCGGUAUUUGCGGCUCCAACUGGUACCCCGACGAGGGCAAAUGCAGAGAUGCGGCGGGCGUGCUGCUCUGGCCAUUCAAAACGUGUAGCGCUGGAGCCGGCCGAAUCCAGUGCGAAGGAGGGCAGACGACGGCACAGCGCGAGACAGGUCAAGCUGUCUGCAAAGCUUGCGGGAAGUAUUGGGAUCCGGAGGGCAGCAAAUGUAGGGACGAGGCUGGGAUGCUGAUCUGGCCGCCGCAGCACUUGCCCAGCAUCAAGCCUCUACACCCAUCGGAAAAAUGUCGCGGCGGCAAUGACAUGACGUGCCAAAGGAGGCAGAUUGCAGCGGAGGCCGAGAGAGGACGAAUUGUCUGUGGAACUUGCAGGUUUUCGUGGGACUUGAGAGCCCGUAAGUGUAGGGAUAAUUCUGGGGCGGUUAUCUGGCCGCCCAAGGAGUAG